AGGGAACGCGUGUGACCAAUCGCGGGGCCGCUCUCGCUGUGAGCCGAUGGGGGCGGGGAGAAGCCCGGCUGGGCCGGGACAAAAGCCCGAUCCCGGGUAGCUGCCGGUGGCUGGAGCGCUCCGGAUUUUGUGGUGUUCGUCAUUCCCGUGGAGCGAGUGCCGCGCACGGACUUUCGCAGAGAGGUAGAGCAGGACCCUCUGCAGCCAUGUCGGCCAAGGCAAUUUCGGAGCAGACAGGCAAAGAACUGCUUUACAAGUUCAUCUGCACCACCUCAGCCAUCCAGAAUCGGUUCAAGUAUGCUCGGGUCACUCCUGACACAGACUGGGCCCGCCUGCUGCAGGACCACCCCUGGCUGCUCAGCCAGAACUUGGUAGUCAAGCCAGACCAGCUGAUCAAACGUCGUGGAAAACUUGGCCUAGUUGGGGUCAACCUCACUCUGGAUGGGGUCAAGUCCUGGCUAAAGCCACGGCUGGGACAGGAAGCCACAGUUGGUAAGGCCACAGGCUUCCUCAAGAACUUUUUGAUCGAGCCCUUUGUCCCCCACAGUCAGGCGGAGGAGUUCUAUGUCUGCAUCUAUGCCACCCGAGAAGGGGACUACGUCCUGUUCCACCACGAGGGAGGUGUGGACGUGGGUGAUGUGGACACCAAGGCCCAGAAGCUGCUUGUUGGUGUGGAUGAGAAACUGAAUCCCGAGGACAUCAAAAAACACCUGUUGGUCCACGCCCCUGAAGACAAGAAAGAAAUUCUGGCCAGUUUUGUCUCCGGCCUCUUCAAUUUCUACGAGGACCUGUACUUCACCUACCUCGAGAUCAAUCCCCUUGUAGUGACCAAAGAUGGAGUCUAUGUCCUUGACUUGGCGGCCAAGGUAGACGCCACUGCUGACUACAUCUGCAAAGUGAAGUGGGGCGACAUCGACUUCCCUCCCCCCUUCGGGCGGGAGGCAUAUCCAGAGGAAGCCUACAUUGCAGACCUAGAUGCCAAAAGUGGGGCAAGCCUGAAGCUGACCUUGCUGAACCCCAAGGGGAGAAUCUGGACCAUGGUGGCCGGGGGUGGCGCCUCUGUCGUGUACAGCGAUACCAUCUGUGAUCUAGGGGGUGUCAACGAGCUGGCAAACUAUGGGGAGUACUCGGGCGCCCCCAGCGAGCAACAGACCUAUGACUAUGCCAAGACGAUCCUCUCCCUCAUGACCCGAGAGAAGCACCCAGAUGGCAAGAUCCUCAUCAUUGGAGGCAGCAUUGCAAACUUCACCAAUGUGGCUGCCACGUUCAAGGGCAUCGUAAGAGCGAUUCGAGAUUACCAGGGCCCCCUGAAGGAGCAUGAAGUCACAAUCUUCGUCCGAAGAGGUGGCCCUAACUAUCAGGAGGGCUUACGGGUAAUGGGAGAAGUCGGGAAGACCACUGGGAUCCCCAUCCAUGUCUUUGGCACAGAGACUCACAUGACGGCCAUUGUGGGCAUGGCCCUGGGCCACCGGCCCAUCCCCAACCAGCCACCCACAGCGGCCCACACUGCAAACUUCCUCCUCAAUGCCAGCGGGAGCACAUCGACGCCAGCCCCCAGCAGGACAGCAUCUUUUUCUGAGUCCAGGGCCGAUGAGGUGGCACCUGCAAAGAAGGCCAAGCCUGCCAUGCCACAAGAUUCAGUCCCAAGUCCAAGAUCCAUGCAAGGAAAGAGCACUACCCUCUUCAGCCGCCACACCAAGGCCAUUGUGUGGGGCAUGCAGACCCGGGCCGUGCAAGGCAUGCUGGACUUUGACUAUGUCUGUUCCCGAGACGAGCCCUCAGUGGCUGCCAUGGUCUAUCCUUUCACUGGGGACCACAAGCAGAAGUUUUACUGGGGGCACAAGGAGAUCCUGAUCCCUGUCUUCAAGAACAUGGCUGAUGCCAUGAGGAAGCACCCAGAGGUAGAUGUGCUCAUCAACUUUGCCUCUCUCCGCUCUGCCUAUGACAGCACCAUGGAGACCAUGAACUACACACAGAUCCGGACCAUCGCCAUCAUAGCCGAAGGUAUCCCUGAGGCCCUCACGAGAAAGCUGAUCAAGAAGGCGGACCAGAAGGGAGUGACAAUCAUCGGACCUGCCACUGUUGGAGGCAUCAAGCCUGGGUGCUUUAAGAUUGGAAACACAGGUGGGAUGCUGGACAACAUCCUGGCCUCCAAACUGUACCGCCCAGGCAGCGUGGCCUAUGUCUCCCGUUCUGGAGGCAUGUCCAAUGAGCUCAAUAAUAUCAUCUCUCGGACCACAGAUGGCGUCUUUGAGGGCGUGGCCAUUGGUGGGGACAGGUACCCAGGCUCAACAUUCAUGGAUCAUGUGUUACGCUACCAGGACACUCCAGGAGUCAAAAUGAUUGUGGUUCUUGGAGAGAUAGGGGGCACUGAGGAAUAUAAGAUUUGCCGGGGCAUCAAGGAGGGCCGCCUCACCAAGCCCAUCGUCUGCUGGUGCAUUGGGACCUGUGCCACCAUGUUCUCCUCUGAGGUAUGGCUGAGACAAGUUACUCCUGGGCUGGGAGUAGAGAUUAUUCAGCUUUUUAUAAAGCCCCCUCCAGGGAUGGGGACUCGAGGUGGUGGGGAGCAGAGGGGCAGAUCUGUGUAUGAAGAUCUUGUGGCCAACGGAGUCAUUGUACCUGCCCAAGAGGUGCCACCCCCAACUGUGCCAAUGGACUACUCCUGGGCCAGGGAGCUGGGUUUGAUCCGCAAACCUGCCUCGUUCAUGACCAGCAUCUGCGAUGAGCGGGGACAGGAGCUCAUCUAUGCGGGCAUGCCCAUCACUGAGGUCUUCAAGGAAGAGAUGGGCAUCGGUGGGGUCCUCGGCCUCCUCUGGUUCCAGAAAAGGUUGCCCAAAUACUCUUGCCAGUUCAUUGAGAUGUGUCUGAUGGUGACAGCUGAUCAUGGACCAGCUGUCUCUGGAGCCCACAAUACCAUCAUUUGUGCGCGAGCUGGGAAAGACCUGGUCUCCAGCCUCACCUCGGGGCUGCUCACUAUCGGGGAUCGGUUUGGGGGUGCCUUGGAUGCAGCAGCCAAGAUGUUCAGUAAAGCCUUUGACAGUGGCAUUAUCCCCAUGGAGUUUGUGAACAAGAUGAAGAAGGAAGGGAAACUGAUCAUGGGCAUUGGUCACCGUGUAAAAUCGGUAAACAACCCAGACAUGCGAGUGCAGAUCCUCAAAGAUUACGUCAGGCAGCACUUCCCUGCCACUCCUCUGCUCGAUUAUGCCCUGGAAGUGGAGAAGAUUACCACCUCGAAGAAACCAAAUCUUAUCCUGAAUGUAGAUGGUCUCAUUGGAGUUGCGUUUGUAGACAUGCUUAGAAACUGUGGGUCCUUUACUCGGGAGGAAGCUGAUGAAUAUAUUGACAUUGGAGCCCUCAAUGGCAUCUUUGUGCUGGGAAGGAGUAUGGGCUUCAUUGGACACUAUCUUGAUCAGAAGAGGCUGAAGCAGGGGCUGUAUCGUCAUCCGUGGGAUGAUAUUUCAUAUGUUCUUCCGGAACACAUGAGCAUGUAACAGAACCAGGAACCCUACAGCAGUAAACUGAAGACAAGAACUCCUCCCCCAGGAGAAAGUGUACAGACAGCUAGCUGGCAGUGGAGACUGCUUAACAGGGGCCUGGAAUGUAAACAGCCACUGGGGUACAGGCACUGAAAACCAACACCCACAGGCUAACACCCGUUCAGUCCACACAAAGAAGCUUCAUAUUUUUUUUAUAAGCAUAGAAAUAAAAACCAAGCCAAUACUUGUGACUUUGCUCUGCUACCUGCUGUAUUUACUAUAUGGAAGCAUCUAAGUACUGUCAGGUUGGGGUUCUUCCUCAUUGUAGGGCGCUAGGAUGUUGCUUUCUUUUUCCAUUGGUUAAACAUUUUUUUCUCCCCUGGAGGAAGGGAAUGAAACAUUUUAGACGUCAAGAUACUAUACAUUUAAAGCACCCAAAUGUCUCUUUUUUUUCUUUUUUUUUAACUUCGCUUCUUCCUCAUUUAACAUGAAGAACAUUGUAUUAAUUUGAUUUUUAAAGAUCUUUUUGUAUGUUAUGUGUUAAGAGCUUGUUUGGUAUCCCACUGAAAUGUUCUUUGUUAUGGACCAGAGUCUGCAUAUGUCAGGGGGAUGGGGCCAUUGCAUCCUUAGCCAUUGUCACAAAAUACAUGGAGUAGUAACUUAAUAUGUAAAGUUGUAACAUACAUUUAAAAUGGAAACGCAAAAAGCUGUGAAAUGCCUUGUGUCUUAUGUUCUCUGUAUUUAUGCAGCUGACUUGUCUGUCUGUAACUGAAGUGUGGGUCCAAGGACUCCUACUACUUUGCAUAUGUAUUCCACAAAGAUUCUGGGCAGCUGCCACCUCAGUCUCUUCUCUGUAUUAUCAUAGUUUGGUUUAAAUAAACUAUAUAGUUACAAUGAAGGCAU